CGUAGAGAGCAGCAGCAGCGCGGCAAGCUGAGGAGACAGCGCAGCAGCAGCAGCAGCAUCGUUGGUGCCACUGCGCUGCUGUGCGAGAGAGAGAGAGCAAAAUGGACGCCUUUGUGUCUGUUUUGUCGUUGGCCAAGCCAUAAAUACGCGUGAGCCCGAGCUAACGGCGAACCCGAAGUGGUCCUCUCAAGAUUGUUGUGGCGAUUGUUUCAUCGACGACACGAGUCGCUCAUCGAGACCAAGAUAACGGGUCUAAUAGAGGCCCCCACCGGCAAUCGUUCAAAGAACCAAGUCGUCCUGCGCGCGUCCACCUCCUGCUUGCUUUCAGUGUGUGUGACACCACUAGAAUCCCGGAAUCAUCAUCUCUCUCGCUCUGGCACUCGCUGCACGUACAUCUAUCUCUGUCUUGCUCGCUGUAGCUCUCUCGCAUCACUAAACUCGGCAUUCGCUCUCUCUCGCGCCAGAGAGGCGAUCACAUCGAACUUCAACGUGAGAAUCAUGUAACUCGCUCGCGCGAGUCCGAGAAGAGAGAAGGAGAGAGAGACAGAAAGAGAGAGAGAGAGAGAAAGAAAGAGAGAGAGAGAGAGAAAGAUAGGAAGAGUCUUGUCUCUUGUUUACAGCCGGACUGUGACUGUCAUGGAUCGCGUUGCACAGGAUACCAGAGCCUCGUCUAAGUUCGGUUGAUUGCUGUGGCUCAACCGAUGAUGGGCACCUGAGCUGUGCCCUCCUUCAACGGCCAGUAGCAGCAGCCACUGGUUUUUCCUUCGGCAGUGAGUGCAGACUCGCAGACUGUGUGUGCGUGUUUGUUUUAUAUUGUGCGUGGACGUGGGGGAUGUGCAGUGAUAAUUAGUGCUGUGAGAAUACAUACGUAUACCACGCAGACGGAGGGAGAAAGAUUCACACGUAGAUUAUUGCUCAGCGCUUCUGCUGGUACCGCGAUUAAAUUUGCCAAUUGAUGUCGGGUUGUGUGCAAGCCAUCAGAUGCCAGAACGAGUACCAAUCAAAAUGAAUGGGGUUAUACCAAGCGUACCAAUAACCACCCUGGCUGGGAUUGCCAGUCUGUCCGAGCUCUUGCCUGAGAUGCCCCUGCCAACGCCUCUGCCACAAACCAAGACCAAUCAGUCACUGCUCUUUCAUCCUAGGGUUGUGGACGAGGCACAGAUUUUGCUGAGCAUGAGAGAUGAGAGUCUUGUGCCACAGCUGAUCUCCUCCAUAUCGCAGACCUCAUCAGAUCACAUAGAACUCAAAGAUCAGUAUGCCAGUCUCGAGCAGCCACUCGAGGCACAGCAGAAUACUCCUGAACUAUUGAAGGCUAUUCUGCAUCAUAAUCCCCAUGUAUUCAAAGGACCUCAAUACAAUUCUCCAAGGAAUUGGCCAUCCCAGCAGGGCCAUCAGAUGAGUGGCAACUAUGAGCAGUUCUCGCCGUCUUAUUCAAACUCCUCCAGUUCUAGGCAAACCCCUCAGGGUAGUCCUGCUCACAUGCCUGGAGGACGAUCAAUGUUACCUGGUGGCAUUCCACAUGCACAACAUCCAAGGAUGCCUGUGGCACCACAGAAUCAUGCAGACGCUACCCAAAGUAGUCCCUUUACUGUGCCUUCACCAUCGCCUCGUGCGAGUGUUAUUACAGAACAAACAAGAACGUCAACUACUCCUCAGCACAUGAUGGAUGAAACCCAUUGCUUAAAUAAUGUAGCAGCUCAAUUCAAUAUGCACUCCCCUGCACAUAUGAACGCUCCAAGUCCUAUGUUAUCGGGUCAUGGUAGUCUAACUCCCCAACAUCAUGGGAUGUCUAGUGGGUUGACUCCUCAACACAAUAUACAUAUGACACCUCCUAGUGAUAGCAGAAUGGCCAUCAAUCAACACCAUCAAAUACAGCAGCAGCAUCACCAACUCCAGCAGCAGCAGCAGCACCAGCAGCAUCAGAUGCAGCCUAACAUGAACCUGCAUCAACAAAUGUUUGAUCCUAUGCUAAAUAGACAGAUGCAUCAGCCUCAAAUGUCUCAACCUAUGACUAUGGAUCAUGGAUUGCAUGAUAAUCAGCAAUUUUUAUUGGACCAAGUAUCUGGUCUGCCAGAAAUUCCUGAAAUUCCAUUGAUGGGAGGCUUCGUAGAUACGAAUCACAGUAGGGACUUGAUAUCUCAUGCGAUGUCGUCUCAGGCUAAUAUGUAUAAAAAUGUCAAUGCAAGUACAAGCUUGGACAACACCAUGGUGCCUUUACCUGAAUCUGCACCGAAUGCACUAAUGCAGCAGCAACAGCAUCAAUUACACCAACCUUAUCAGCAGCAACCACUCGAACAACAACAGCAUCUAGAACAUCAUAUUCAACAUCAACAACAACUUCACCAGCCACAGCUACAAGAUAUUCAACAACCACUUCAACAGCAAAUGCAGCAAAAUAAUAUAUACGAUAAGGAUAAAAUUUCGCUAAAGCAACCACGUAUCAUGUUGAACAGAUCCCUGGCUGAUGAAGUUCUGAUGAAGCAAAAGCUCAGCUCGCCCAGUGAUAACAAAUCAUCUCCAGCGCGAGCCUCAAGAACAAACGUUUCGUAUCGCGACAAGUCGGGUAAAUCCGAGUCGGAAAGCGAAGAAGAGUACGAGAACAAGAAUAGCAAGUAUUUCAAGAACAAAGCGAAGGAUCGUCAAUCGUCGAAGGACAAGAAGAAAAGUUCGGAUGACAAAAAGGUAUCCACGAGUCGGAGGAAAAGGACGAUCGAGUCGGAUAGCGAAGACGACAAAAAAGACGAGACAUCGUUAACGCCCGUGAAGCCGAAAAUCCGCAAGUUUGAAAUGAAACUCGUACCCGUCCUACCGAAACUUAGCGUUGAAGAGCUGAUGGAAACCAACACGUACCAGCGGUUCAACAGUCUCGUUGAAACCAUCUUUGAGAACACGGAGGAAGCGGCACUCGACGAAAUCGAGGAAGACGGUGACGUACCUCAAGAGCUUCUCAUAGCCGAUCAUCAAUUACAAACUUUGUGCUCGGAAGCUGCCAAAUUGAAGUCACUCGGAGCAAUGGAAUCGGUGCCAGCGGAAAAGUUAGUUCGACUGCUCAAUAUUUUAGAAAAGAACAUUCGUGACGGUGCAAAAGUGUCGCCUCUGGCUGAUCCAGACGACGACGCCGAAGCUAGUCGUAUGUGGAUGCAAAUCGCUAUGCAAAGGGUACAGCAGGCAGUGGACGCUUCAUUGGUGUGCCUGCACAUAAUGACCUCGACAAACAUGCCGAAGACCAUAUAUCUCGAAGAUGUGAUCGACCGCAUAAUUCUGUUCGUCAAGUUCCAACUACAGAAUACCAUUUAUCCAUCGUAUGAUCCGGUUUACAGGGUCGAUUCCAAGAGCAAGACUGACAACUUCAACGCAGCCGGCAAGAAGAAACGUAACCACGCCAAGGAAGUACGUGACAAGAGCAUGCUUAUGGUCUACAACAAGCUUAACGAACUGGUCGGCCUCCUUGGCGAGUUGCUCAACAUUCAAAUACUUACGGAUACGAGUGUCCUACACGCGUCCACCCUUGGUGUUGCACCUUUCUUCGUGGAGAACGUUAGUGAUCUGCAGCUCAGUGCACUCAAACUGGUAACCAACAUCUUCACGAGGUACGAAAAGCACAGAAGAUUAUUGCUGGAUGAUAUCCUCGCAUCGAUAGCUCGAUUACCAAGCAGCAAAAGAAGUUUAAGAACCUACAGAUUGAGCACCGACGAUUAUAUUCAGAUGCUCACUGCAUUGGUGCUACAGCUGAUUCAGUGUGUAGUAGUGCUACCCGACACCGUCCUUGCCAUCUCCGAUAAAAAGAGCAAAGAAGAUGCGAAGGACGAAGACUCUAAAAAGAAAGACGCCAUCAGCAACGUGGACAUCGAUGUGCUUAUCCUCAGUAAGUACGACGCAGCGACGAGGCUUGCUUAUAACUUCCUGACGGUCUUCCUCAACAAGUGCAGCAGCAAAGGCGAAGAGGUCGACUAUCGACCGCUCUUUGAAAAUUUUGUUCAAGAUCUGCUCACAACCGUGAAUAAACCAGAGUGGCCUGCCGCUGAAUUGAUGCUUAGUCUACUUGGCAAAUUACUGGUUGGACACUUUUCCAACAAGGGUUCUGAUAUGUCCUUGCGCGUUGCGUCUAUUGACUAUCUAGGUGUUGUGGCUGCAAGGUUGAGGAAAGAUGCUGUAAGUUCGAGAUGUAAACUCGCUACCAUCGAUCAGAUUAUCGCCGACAUCAAACAAGAACAAGCCAGGGAUGCGGAUUAUGACCAAGUUAAAGAUAAGGACAUUCAAGGAUUGGACGCUGAAGAGGAGAGGGUAGUGUUCUUGCAAAAGGUGCUGCUUGAUUACUUGGCUGUUAAUGGUACCAGAGAUUCGGCGCUUGGAUACGCGAGGCACUUCUAUCUGGCACAAUGGUACAAAGACUGCAGCAUGGACAAACAGCGUGUAGGUCAAUCGAAAAAUUCACCUUCGAAAAAGACACCUAAAAAGAAAAACAAAAAGAAGGGUCGCUACAAAGUAAGCGACGACGAGACUGAAGAUGAGCCGGAUGAUGAGCCCAAUCCAGACGAAAAUGAGAAUAGCGAGCAGAAUAAUUCAGAAACUUAUCGAAUUAUCGAAGAGAAAAAGAAACUUAUCAUCAGUAAAAUCCGACCGUACAGUUCUGGCACGAAACCCGAUAUUCUUCAAACCUACAUCGACAUUAAUUCAGCAGAAUUGAUCUCACAGUAUCUUGCAUCAACGCGACCGUUCUCGCACAGUUUCGAUAUCUACUUACAACAGAUCCUUCGCGUGCUAACUGAAAGUUCGAUCGCCAUUCGCACUAAGGCCAUGAAGUGUCUCACAAUGAUCGUCGAAGCAGAUCCAAGUGUUCUUGCUCGUGUGGACAUGCAGCUUGGAGUGAAACAUUCGUUCCUGGAUAUCUCUACAUCGGUGAGAGAAGCUGCUGUUGAUCUUGUUGGUAAAUUCGUGCUAAGCAGGCCAGAGCUAAUCGACAAGUACUACGAAAAAUUGUUGGCUCGUAUCCUGGAUACCGGAGUAAGCGUUAGAAAACGCGUAAUUAAAAUUUUAAAAGACAUUUGUAUCGAGUAUCCCGAUUACGAGAAGAUCCCAGAGAUCUGCGUUAAGAUGAUCAGACGGGUGAAUGACGAGGAAGGAAUAAGGAAACUAGUAAUGGAAGUUUUCCAAAAUAUGUGGUUCACACCAGUUAAAGAACGACCGCAUCUUGAUACUAAAGCCUUGCUGCGCAAGGUCAUGAACAUCACCGACGUUGUAGCCGCCUGUAAAGAUAUCGGUCUAGAGUGGUUCGAGCAAUUACUCGUUAGUCUGUUCAAACCCAAAGAAGACAAGGAAGACAGUACGAAGAUGGUAACAGAACCACCAAAGGCAUUGUUAACUGCGUGCACGCAGAUAGUUGAUUGUCUUAUCGAGAAUGUGCUUAGCUUGGAGGAGACUAAUCAAAAUAGCUCGUUGGACAAAAAUCCAACGAAACAAGGUUCCUCGCAAAGGUUAGUCGCGUGUCUUACCACGCUCUACCUCUUCGCCAAGAUUAGGCCACAGCUGUUGGUCAGUCACGCGAUCACGUUGCAACCGUAUCUAAGUUUGAAGUGUCAGACGCAAGGGGAUUACCAAAUAAUUAGCAGCGUGGCGCACACUCUAGAGCUUGUAGUUCCUCUGAUGGAGCAUCCUAGCGAAACAUUCCUCGCUCAAUUAGAAGAAGACUCAGUGAAGCUUAUAUUGCAACAUGACAAGUCGGUUGUUGCCAGUUGUCUGUCUUGCCUGGGUUCUAUCGUCAAUAACGUUACGAAAAAUUUCAAGCUUAUCAGGGACUGCUUUAAAAAAUAUUACGGCACGAUGACCAACUACAAAUCAAUGUACAUGAAAGAUCCGAAUCACCAGUAUAUUGCAAAGUGUAAGCCGUACUUCAGAAGAGCGCUCUUCACGGUUGGUUUACUCCUAAGGUAUUUUGAUUUCACGGACCCUCAAGUAAUUGAAGGCUUGCCCGACAACAUCAAAGACCAAGUAUUCGAUACUCUCACGUACUUCGUUCAUCAAGAAGACGAUACAAGGCAAUUUACUCUAUCGGCCAUUGGGUCGCUGUGCAUCAGGCAUUGCGAGUUUAUGAUGCAGUCACAACUCGAAGAAUUAUAUCAUUACUUCCUCACGUCAGAGCUUGUUCACAUUAGUAUGAAGAUCGAGGUACUGAAAAACAUUGAAUUGUAUUUAGCCGAAGAAGAAAGGCGCAUGAUCAAGCAGGAUCAAGAAUGGUCCAAGAUGUCUAAAUCGGAGAAUUUAAAGGAAAUGGGUGAUGUGUCAUCGGGUAUGGCAAGUACUGUGAUUCAGCGAUACCUCAAGCAGAUUCUCGAAUCGUACCUACACGAUGACAUCAAAGUGAGGCAUCAAUCCCUCAAAGUCGUGCAGCUCAUCUUGGCUCAAGGUCUUGUGCAUCCGGUGACGAUAGUUCCGUAUCUCAUCUGCAUGAGCACCGACUGCGAAAAACUCGUCAGUCACAGCGCGGACAAACAGCUGCAGGACAUCGAGAAGAAAUAUCCUGGCUUCGUGCACACGAAAGCACAGGUGGGUAUUAAACUUAGCUAUCGACUACAACAGAUAUUGCAGAAGAACUCGAAAAUCGUGCGUGGAAUGAGGCCCAAAGAAAACGAAUAUCCAGCAGCGCUCAACGGUUUCCUAUACACUAUUUUGAGGAGUACAAAGCAGCAGAGAAGAGCAAUAGUACAGUCGUUCUUGAAGCAAUUUGACGAGAGCGCCAAAACCAGUCUUUCGCAGAUGCUCUACCUUGCAGAUAAUCUCGCAUACUUCGCCUAUCAAGUCCAAGAUGAGCCGUUAUUCAUUAUACAUCACAUUGACAUCAUUAUAUCUAUGUCCGGCACGAAUCUUGUACAAGCUUUCAAAGAGGCUCUUUAUCCCAGAGAAGGUAGCGCACUUGCUCAACAAUUACAAGGCAUGACUAUGCGGGAGUACAAACUACUGCAUCCGCCACCACAACAACAGCUCGAGGAAAUGGAAACUGAACAACAGCGACCGCAAAUACCUCCACCGCAAUUGCAACAACCCAUUUGGGAUCCACAGUUGCAGCAAUAUAUGCAACCACCUCCACAACCAACGUUUUAUCCACAGGAUCAGCCUACCAUUGGUACGGAACAGACACCGAUACCAGGAGCUCCCCCUCUGGCAGCUACUAGACCACCAUUUCUCGGUCCGGAUGGCCUGCCACGACCCGAUCAAAUGUUCGCAGCACUAGAAGACGAAGAAGAUGACGAGGAAGAUGAUGAAGCGGUGUUAAAAAGACUACCUGAAGAUACAAAACUCCUUCGCGAAUAUAUAACCGCGAGCCAAGGUUUCCUACUCCUACUCACUUUGCGUCAACAUCUCAAGGAUUUGUACGGCUUCUCCGAUGCAAAGAUCAGCCAAUACUCGCCGUCCGAAUCGGCUAAAGUUUAUGAGAAAGCCGUAUCGCGCAAAAAUAAUCAUCAUUUCAAACCGAAGAAUACACUUGGCAGGUUGAAUGAAAAUCGCAAAGACGAUGAUGACGAGGAGGAGCUUGAUGAAGAAGGCCGACGGCGUCUGAUCAAAGAAUAUCUGGACUUUAAGCAACUCAUUAUGAAGUUUGAUCCAGAUGAGCCUGAGGAUGAUGCCGAUGAUGAGACUCCGACAAGUCCAUCGAAAGGCCGUCGAUCCAAAGGAGCAGCUGCUGAAGAGAAAUCUUCCGAACCCGAUCGCGUCAACGAGGAUGGAGUUCAAUACGCCGUACAUCAGGUGCAGGAGCACCCCAACAAUGCAUCUGGUGGACCACCUCGUGUCCCUAAAAUCACAAUACACGCGAUGCCUCGAGCCGAUGAGCCAGCAACGCCACACAGAAAAACAUCGCACCGUAAGCAAUCCGCGGCACACGAAAAGCCCAAAAAGCACAAGAAGAAGAAGCGUCGACGGCUGUCCGAUAGCAGCGACAGUAACGACGACUUCAGCGAUCCCGACUAUCACGCGUGAUAAAUCGUCAAAAACGUACCCUUGUAAAUAUCAACACAGUAGACCAGAUUAAUAAAAAAACCAACAAAAGACAAAACAGAAAUAGAAAUAUGUGCCGUUGUGAAAAGCGGUUGCUUUUUUAUUGGACCAUGCAAAGCUUAGAGUAUAUAUUGUAUUGUUAAGGUGUCUGUGUGUGCGCGCGCGCUCAACAAGUUGUUUGUAAAAAGAGGGAGAGAAAGGUGUGCGUGCAUAUUUGUGUACAUAAAUGAAGGAGUAGCAAAACAAACAAAAAACAAACUGACUAGAGUAUAUAUCUUAUUUUCUUACAUGAAGCUCAAUACUUAACGGCGAUUUCCUUGUGAAACCACUGUCGAUCAAAGAGUCCACGUUGUCAUUCGCUCUCCCGCGUUUUCGAUGUAUACGCUAUCUAAUACUUGUAUUUAAGAUAUGUUAGCUGACAGCGCGUUGCACCGCUUCAUGGAUGAGUCUUUUAUUAAUUUUUACGCGAAAAAAGAAGAUCUGCAGUUAAACUCGAUUGAUUGUCUUCAUCGACGUAUCUUCUUUUUGAUGUUCAUUUUUUCAAAAAAAUUGAAAUUAUUUAUUAUUGGAUUGCAUUUUAUAUUUUGUAAUUUUUACAAAUAAUUCAUGAAUAAUAUUGACUAUGAAUUUUUUUUUCUUUUUUUCGUUAGUAUACAUCUGUCGCUUUUUUAGAGGGAAAAACGUUUAUUUCAAGUGUUAUGUGAUUUAUGUUUAGAAAAUGUAAUAAAGAUGGAAUUAAUAGAAAUCCGAAGGUGUCGAAUUUUUCCUAAUAUCAGUCGAGAGUUUGAACGAUCGUUUAUAUAAAAAAAAAAACAAUUAUUUUCAGAUCCGAAACGGUUGAAAAAAUUCUGCUUUCCGUUUGUUAAAACAAAAAAGCGUGCAAUGAUAGAUCUAUAAGAAUGGAAAAUAGAACUAAUAAAAACUCCAGAGGAACAAAAAAUUAGAUGUUCGUGCAAAAAAAUGUCAUGUUUUGAGUAUCAAUCGCAAAAGUAAACGCGUUAAAAUAAAGAAAAAAGGGACUGUACAAAUUUUCACGCGUGUAUACUGUAUAUAUUUAUUGCAGCCGUCGAUCCUAUCGCUCAGGCGUCGAUCAUAAAACUACAAAUGCGUGUAUAAAUAGAGAGAGAAUAAAAGAGUGGUUUAUAUAUAUAAAUAUAUACAUAGGCGGUAUAUACGAGAAAAAAAUUUUUUAAGGGGCAAGCAUAAUAGUGUUUGUGCGAGUGCGAGGGAGCUUUUGUGUACGUGGACAAAGAGACAAUUUAUUACUAGCGUAAUAGAUAAAAAAACACAAGGACGAGAAGUUAUUAAAAGAAAACGUGUUUUGUUUUACAUUAUUAUUACCUUUUUCUCAUUGUAAGAAACCUUUAUCUAGGAAAUACAGUGAAAUCUAAACAAAUAUAUUUCUACGUACAUGUAAUUUAAGAGUUAAGGGCUCCGUUCGUACAUAUAUAAAUGUAAGUAUUUCCACGGGGAAUGUCAAUGUAAACGUGCUCGGUUUUUCAGAAACGAGGGUAUACACAGCAUAAACACCUACGUGGAGUAUAUAGUUGAAUACAAACAGAAAAGGAGUAGCCUAUUCGCAAUAAGAAGGCUCGCGCUUGUAUUAUAACAUUAUCACAUACCGCAUCAACUAUGUUCUUUUGUAUUUGGUAAUCUAACGAGAAUUUAAAAAGAAAAGAAAGCAGCGGAGUAUCAAUUAAUGAACAGGUUCAUAGAAAGUAUAUUAUAUAUAAAUAUAUAUAUACUUAUAUACAUAUAAAAAUAUAAAUAUAUAUAUAUAUAUUUGAGUAAAACUGUCCAGUGUUAAUGUUAUCCAUAACGCAAUAAGUUUGUGUGUAGCAAUUACCUAAAACCUCAGCGAAUUGUUGUAAAAAAACAAAGUUUAACCGAAAAGCGGGGAAAGUACAGCGAAAUGGAUCUGAUAAAAAGAAACAAAGAAGCUAUAUUGUAGAGAAAAUGCAAAUGAAAAGACAGCGGUUCUGGAUAAGACUUAACGCUCGUUUACUCAUAACUUAUUAUGUACAUCGUCUGAAAGGAAAAGUUCGUAAAGAUGAAAAUAAACAUAAGCAUAU